AUGGGAGGCGAGAGAGAACCUCGCCCGGCAGUAUCGAAAUACCCCAUUCGCAGCGAGCGGCCUGUGGGAAAGAAGAUUGAGAAUAUCUACACCGACCGUCUGAGACAAUUCACUUCAGGCGGGCAAUACCAGGAUCAAAGCCUUCUCGCUAAACUCUACCACAAUGUGUGCGACGAUGACGAGCAUGUAAAGCUCUCCGUUUAUUCUCCGCCAGACUCUGCGCGGCCGACCUUCAAGGAGGCAACAUCCCAUGCUUUCAGGCCGACCCACCGAGGUGAAUCCUUUGGUCCAUCAUGGUCCACUCAUUGGUUUAAGAUUGAACUCAAAGUCCCGAAACAUAUGUGCGAUGGAGAGCAUUUGGAAUUUCAUUGGGAUGCGAACAAUGAAGGCUUAGUAUGGACACAUGAUGGAAACCCACUGCAAGGGUUAACUGGCGGCGGAGAACGCACAGAAUGGAUCCUUCCAGAGAGCUGGAGAGACGGCAAAGAGCAUACCUUUUAUAUCGAGAUGGCGUGUAAUGGCAUGUUCGGCAAUGCUCCUGGAGGCGACAGCAUUCAGCCUCCAGAUCCCAAUAGGUAUUACACGCUAUGGAAGGCACAGAUUGUUGAUGUCAACAUUGCUGCUCGCCAGCUGUAUGUGGACUUUUGGAUUAUUGGGGAUGCCGCCAGAGAAUUCCCAGGCGACAGCUGGGAGAAACACGAAGCACUUCAAGUAUGCAACCAAAUCAUGGACGCUUUCAUUGCUGGCAAUGGGUCUCCAGAGUCGAUCGAAGAAGGGCGGGGGAUCGCACAAAAAUACAUUGGAAAGAAUGUUGAUUCUUCCAAGGUCUAUGAUUCGGACGAGAAGAGCAUCGUGUAUGCUAUCGGGCAUUGCCACAUUGACACGUGCUGGCUUUGGCCCUGGGCGGAGACGAAGCGUAAAGUGGCCAGAAGCUGGUCGAAUCAAUGUGAUCUGAUGGACCGAUAUCCAGAGCACAGGUUUGCUUGCAGUCAGGCCCAGCAGUAUAAGUGGCUGAAACAGUACUACCCUUACGUCUUCGACAGAGUCAAAUCAAAGGUGAAAGAGGGGAAGUUUCAACCUAUUGGUGGCAGCUGGGUCGAACACGACACAAACAUGCCCAGUGGCGAGUCACUGGUCAGACAGUUUCUUUACGGUCAGCGGUUUUUUGAGAGCAAUUUCGGUGAGAGAUGCCAGACGUUCUGGUUACCAGAUACUUUUGGUUAUUCAAGUCAGUUGCCUCAGCUGUGUCGCCUCGCGGGGAUGUCACGUUUCUUUACUCAAAAGUUGAGCUGGAAUAACAUCAACAAUUUCCCGCACACUACCUUCAACUGGGUAAGCUUGGACGGCAGCCAAGUCAUCUGUCAUAUGGCGCCAAGCGAGACCUAUACUGCAAAUGCCCAUUUUGGCGAUGUCAGACGCAGUGUGACGCAGCACAAGAGUAUGAAUGAAGACAAUACAUCGCUCCUCGUCUUUGGAAAAGGAGAUGGCGGUGGCGGCCCGACAAGAGAGAUGCUUGAAAAGCUACGAAGAUGUCGUGGGCUUAGUGACACUACUGGCCUCUUGCCUCGCGUUCAAAUGGGAAAAUCUGUUGACGAUUUCUUCGCGAAUCUCGAGAAAAAGGUUGCGAAUGGCACCCAGUUCGUCACUUGGUAUGGCGAAUUGUACUUUGAACUACAUCGUGGGACUUAUACGACACAAGCCAACAACAAGCUAAACAACCGCAAGCAAGAAAUCAUGUUGCACGAUAUCGAGUACCUUGCAACAUUAGCCAGCUUGAAGAGCAAGAGCUACAAAUAUCCCAAGAAGGAGAUUGACGAGAUGUGGGAAAAUGUUCUCCUCUGCCAGUUCCACGACUGCUUGCCUGGAAGCUCGAUAGAGAUGUGCUAUGAUGACUCGGACGCCCUUUAUGCACACAAUGCAAAGCUGGGUGCAAAGGUGAAAGAAGAGGCGCUCACAGUGCUCGGCUUGUCUCAACACCUGAAACCUAAUGUUGAGCUUGCCGCGGUGAACACCGCGCCCUGGAAACGGUCCGAACUAGUGCAUAUUCCACUGGCGCAGACAAAGUCUCAAGAAAAGAAAUACAUCUUUGUUUCGGGCGGACAGGGAAUCGCCAAGACCCACACGGCCUCGGCCAUCCAGUCUACGGCCUCGAUAGAAGAGGUCACGAAGGGAGUCUUCGUGAUGAAGAACAGCAAAUUCCAGGUCAGAGUAGAAGCGGGCGUGAUUACAUCGUUGAUCGACCUCAAAGCGGACCGCGAGGUCAUUGCCAAGGGUGGCAAAGCAAACCAGUUGGUGAUUUUCGAUGACAAGCCGCUCUAUUGGCAGGCAUGGGAUGUUGAGGUUUUCCACCUCGAGUCUAGAAAGGAACUGGAGUCAGAGGCCUCCGAAAUCGUUGAAGAAGGGCCUUACCGCGUCAGUGUGGCUACCAAGACACAGGUCAGCAAAGACAGCUGGGUGAAGACAACGAUCAGCCUCGAUGCGUGUGAGGGCGAUGGCGAAACCGGCUAUGUCUCUGUCGACGCGGAAGUCGAAUGGCGCGAGACCAUGAAGUUCCUCAAGGUAGAAUUCCCAGUUGAUGUGGUCAAUACCGAAGCAAGCUACGAGACACAGUAUGGCAUUAUUCGACGCCCAACGCACUACAACACAAGUUGGGACAUGGCCAAAUUUGAAGUUUGCUGCCACAAGUUUGCCGACUUGUCGGAGGCCGACUAUGGUGUCUCAAUCUUGAACGACUCAAAGUAUGGAUUCGCAACAUGUGGAAAUCUCAUGCGAUUGUCUUUGAUCCGUGCACCCAAAGCCCCGGAUGCACAUGCUGACAUGGGACGCCACCACAUCAAGUGGGCCAUCAUGCCUCACCAUGGUGCCCUGAGCGCGAAUACUGUGCGUGCAGCGUACAACUUCAAUCAUCCCCUGAAACUGGUCUCAGUGGUGGACGACAGGACCAAGGAACUCUUCAACGCAAUUAACCUGAUCGGUGCCAAGUCGCUGGUGCUGGACUGUAUCAAGCGUGGCGAGGAUGACGAAGAUGUGUCUCGCGGAGAGCUCACUCAACGGCCGGGACAGAGUGUUAUAUUGAGAAUAUACGAGAGCAUGGGUGGCAAGAGCAGGGGGACGAUUGAGACCACUCUGCCGGUCAAGAAAGUCUACAAGACCAAUGUGCUCGAAGAUGACUUGGAGAGCCUGACCGUGUCUGGUAAGAACAAGAUCAGUAUCAACAUCGAGUUGAGACCGUUUGAGGUGGCAACCUUCCGGCUCCAGCUCUAG